UUUGUAUUAUCUGACAAAAAGAUUUGUCAAACUCCCAAAAAUGUGUGACAACAAAAAUGAAGAAUCAACUAAAAUAUCAUCGAAAGAAUGUCCUUGUCUUAGUGUGGGAUUUGCAGAAGCUGCACUCGGUGUAAAAUUUCCAUUUGGAAUAUCGAAAACGUCUAUUGGUAUAAUAGACUUUGGUGAAGUGUUACCAGGAAAUCUGACCACAAAAUGUAUCGAAUUGAAGAAUAAUCUAGAUCAACCAGUAUCGUAUUACGUACAUCGAAUGUCUUAUGUGCAUGAUAUAUACCAGUCUUUUCAUUUCAAUAAAUACAAUGUAACAGUAAACCCGAGGACAAUUUCACAGUUGAAGAUCACAUAUUCCCCAUUAUUUGAGAAUGAGAAGAGUUCGGAUUUAUUUGUAGUUUCAGCUCGGGAUUCCACAGAGUUGGAAAAACUGAGACUGAUAGGAAAAUGUCUUGGAACUAAGGUUAAAUGUUCGACUAAACGUUUAUAUUUCACUGUGACACCGAACGUAGUCAAACGAGUUAACACAUUUGAGCUGAAAAAUGUUUCAAAAGUACCUGCUACAUUUCAAUUUGACAUCAAUGAGAACGAGGAGGUUUUCCUAGUGGACAUUGUAAAUGGACAAAUUCAACCCAAAAAAAGCAUCUACAUAACCGUUACCUUCAACGGAAAAAUUGAAGGAAUGCACUACAAGAAACUUGUAGCUUUGAUUUACAAGCACGAACCCAUUUUAAUAGAUUUGGUAGGAAUAUACAGCAAAAACAGAAAUUAUGAAAAUGAUCUACGAAAUGUCGUUAUGUACCCUUACGAAGUAUGUAAUAUUUACGAUGCCUACUUCAAUGACUUCGGAUCUGCCGAUGAAAAAUUGCUACCCUACAAAUUUAAUCAGAAUUAUAUCGAUUUUGGAAGAGUUUUACCACAACAUUAUGCAAGAAACCGAAGUGACAAUAUAGCUGUAGCUAUAAUAAAAAAUAAUAUGGUACAUGAUAUAUUAAUUAAAUGGUACAACGAUCCGGACAAAAUAUUUUCUGUUAAUCCAAAUGUUCUUGAUGUGAAACCUGAUGAGACAGGUUACUUUGAAGUAACAUUCAAUCCGGACUUCAGAGAUCAUCUAUACUUCAGAAAAAUGUCUGCUCAGAUCCACUGGAGAAAUACUCCAAGACCUAAUACACCAAUUGCCCUAAAUUGUGACGAAUCGCAAGAAGAUGAACAUGUUCCACUCGAAGCUAAUAUAAUUAUGAUUGGGCAUUCUUUCCCCGAAAACCAAUUAUGGAUAAGUGCUGUUGAAAUAAUUCCUGCCCAAAUCCUAUUUCCUGUUUGUAUUCCCGGCCAUCAGUCCUACUCAACCUUUAUGAUGAAGUCCGAUGGUCAUCUACCAGUACUCUUCAAAUUCAUAUCACCAAGGAAAAGUUCGAUAACCGUGAAACCCAUGAUGGGUUUGAUGAGGUUCACGAAACUGUUCGUGGUCAAGUUACAAACUCAGGCUACAUCUACGCUGUAUAAGGAAGAAUGGAGGAUGGAAAUCAACGGCAUGCCCCAAAAAUAUUUGAAGAUAACUUUCCUUGGACAGUCGGCUGUACCAUCUGUCUUGAUAGGCGAUAAUAACACGAUACAUUUCAAUGCUACAUUACCUGGUUGCCAGGAUAUAGUGAAGGUCCCCAUCAAAAAUACUUCUUGUUACCAUCUGAGAUUGGAACUGAUCGGCAGCCAUGAAUAUUUUCACGUAAAACCUCCAUUCGUCGAGCUCUAUCCAAACGAGGAGAUCGACACCGAGUGGACCUUCAACGCAAAACUAGAUGUGCCAGACCAGACGGAUAUCCAAUGUAGUAUGAGAGUCAUCUCAAAUCUCGAUCAACUGAUUGGAUUACCUUUCGAGGUCGAUGUGAAAAUACAUGCAGCUUGCGAGUAUGCCCAAAUUUGUGCCACUCCGAGAUACACAGAUUUCGGUGAAGUACCUUGGGGUGCUGAAAGAGAGGUCCACUUCAAGAUCUUCAAUUUUGGUAAAUCUGCCGUCUGCUACGCCUUGAAGGCCAUUACAUUCAGUGAAAAUCAUGAUACCAUAAAAAUUUCUCAUACUUUUGGGAGAUUAAGGCCCAACGAAAACACAACAGUUUGCAUCUCAUUCAAAACAAAGACAGCAGGAGAUCACGUUGCCCAGAUAGUUUAUAUGACAAGGAUAAAUGAGUUUGGAGAGGUCCUGGCUCCUAAUCCACCAGUAGAUUUAUUUUCAAUAAAAUAUAGGUGUAUUCAUCCAGCUUUACAGAUUGAGGAAUGCGUGGAGCAUAAUUUAGGAAUUCUUUUCAGCAAAUUAGAUAUGUGGAAUUUUUUCUGUGUCAACAGGAUCAAUGAAGAUCUUGUAAAAGUGAGGGAAGGUGAGACAAGAACCAUCAAAAUAGAAUUACCUAGUACACCAUGUCACGAGAAAGAAUACCACAUACGAUUCGUUCUAAGGAAUAUUACAAAAUUUGACCUCGACGUAUCAUUGUCUAGGGUGAAAAUGUGCUCUUGUCAAAUAACAGAGAUCUCUAAGAGCUUAUCAUUCAGACAGAAAGUUUUCAAGUGUCCACAUAGGAAUAUGCUAAGGAUGCAGCUAUCUGAUGAGACUAUACAUGGGCUCUCCUUUCAGUACUUGGAUGUAUUUAUGAACUUCAAUAUUAUAACCAACGACCAAGUAGCCUACGACCUGAAACUGGCAAAACAAAGACAUAUAGAAUUAUGUUUCCAAAUUGAUAGUAUUUCUUUAGACAUACGAAAACUGUCAGUAUACAAUAUCCAAAGGCACAAGAGGUUUUUGAAUAUGUUUAUUGGAGCGAAAGAACCUCCUUAUCAGACUGUAUGGUUGUACAAUUAUACCUCUCAAGAAGCAGAUUAUCAUGUGAUCGAAGAACAAAUUGACGCCUUGAACGAAAAUGAAGGAUUUCCUGUUUUAUCGUGUCUGAAUUAUCGAGGAACUGUUCCUCCUCUUUCAUCGAAAGCAAUACUGUUCAGGUUCCACCCAAUUGAGGCAAAGAAAUAUCAGGCGACAGUCCCCAUGAUUCUGGGAUCUGAAAAAAUUUCUAUGAAGUUUACAGGCAGAGGAACUUACAAAUAUGAUCAUGAUUUGAUUCAUAAUCUGAAUAGCCCAAUGCCAGGAAUUUCGUUUCAUUUUGGGGAAUUUCCAAUAACUCUUUCGGCUGAAUACAUGAUUAUUGAAGCAUUUUCUGUGUGGAGUGACAUAGAGAGAAUGAUAUACAUGAGAAACAUUACGAAAGAUAGAGAAAUAAAAUACACUUGGCAAAAGUCAUUUAUCGAAGGAAUAAUUGAAAUAGAAGCGGACGAAUCCAGUGGCAUAAUAGAACCUGAUGAAGUUAUUGCAAUCUUAUUAAAAGUCAAAUCUUUCGAGAUACCGGCUAUCUCAACUAUAAAUAUGUCGUGUGAACUGGUGGACAUAACGCAAAAUGAAAGACAUAAAAAAUCAUUACAGGAAUACCAAGAAAGACAGAAGGAGAUUGAGCAGUACUUCAUGAUAGACGAAAAAGGAAUGCAUACAGCGACAAAUGAUUAUAUAAUUGAGCCACCAUCUGAAUUGAAAUAUCUCACUAUUGCUGUAACAUUCCACACAAUCAGUACUCUGGAAUUAUCACAUUAUUUGGAUGUUGAACAAUUUUUGGGUCAAAAUCCCCUAGAAACUUUUGAACCCAAAAAAACUGAUACAUCAAAGAUAUGUGCAAAUAAAGAAGGAGAAACAAUUGAAGAAAUAGAAUUGUGUAAUACCUACAACCCAUUUAUAUCCCAGAUAUUAGAAUGUUUCAUUAUGGAUACGUUGAGAAGUCCUGUUUCUCAGGAGUUAGUACGAUGUUACCAGAAAGCAACUCCUCCAUAUUAUGUUCAAUUUAAACAAGAUGAAGAAAAGAAAAAAGCCUCCGGAAAGAAGACUGACAUAAAUGAACUUAAGAAGUAUUUUGCUAAGUCCCAAAUCAAAGAUGUAUCUGAGACAUUUAAAUUUCUGAUGAAGGAUAGUAUACAACAAAUAUUUUUUUGAAUUAUUUUAUUAAAAAAUAUAUUAGUUACUGUCAUAA